GCGCUCCCAAGAUGGCGGCGGCGGGCGCGGCGCGGCGCGCGGGCUGGCGGCUGUGGCGGGGCCGCGCGGUGGUCAGGUGCCAGCACUACCCACCACUCCGAGCUCUCCAGGCCUCGGCCGCGCUGAGGAGAGUCUCCGAUGAGCACAAGAAGGAGCCUUUCACAUCUUCCUCUCAGCACCAGUUCGAUCCACAUCCAGCAGGUCACCAGCCCGAGCAGGAACCUCAGGGCCCUCACCCCAGGCAGCGGUGGCAGCGAGCGAGUGGCAGAGCCCAGGGUGCUGGUGUGUGGUGGUGGCGUUCCCCUCACUGUAACAAUACCUUCUCAUAGUUGCACUGGCCAGGGCGGCCAGGAGUCUGAGGACUAUGAGAGCGAGGAGCAGCUGCAGCGUCGAAUCCUCACAGCGGCGCUGGAGUUUGUGCCUGAGCAUGGCUGGACUGCAGAGGCCAUUGCAGAGGGAGCCAAGACCCUGGGCCUCUCUGUUGCUGCUGCAGGGAUGUUUCACAGUGAUGGCAGUGAACUGAUCCUCCACUUUGUGUCUGAGUGCAACGCCAAGCUGUCUGAGCUGCUGGAGAAGGAGCAAAAACUAGUGCAGCUGGGUGAAGCAGAGAAGAAGCCUACAGAUGAAUUCCUGAGAGAUGCUGUGGAAGCCAGACUGAGGAUGCUGAUUCCAUAUAUUGAGAAAUGGCCCCAGGCCCUGAGCGUCCUGUUGCUCCCACGUAACAUCCCCUCCAGCCUCAGCCUCCUCACCAGCAUGAUCGAUGAUAUCUGGCACUAUGCUGGGGACCAGUCCACAGAUUUCAACUGGUACACCCGCCGGGCCGUGCUCACCGGCAUCUACAACACCACUGAGCUGGUGAUGCUGCAGGACUCGUCCCCCGACUUCGAGGACACCUGGCGCUUCCUGGAGAACAGGGUGGCUGACGCCAUGAACAUGAGCAACACAGCCAGCCAGGUACAAUCCACUGGAGAAGCUGUUGUCCAGGGCCUGAUGGGAGCUGCAGUUACUGUAAGUAAUGUUGAAACUCUGAGACCAGAAUUGCUUCUGUCCCCUCCCAUGCUGAAUGCCAGCCCUGUGCUAGAGGUUCGUGCUCCCAUGGACACUUGGGAGGUGGCACCUGUCCCUGAGCCAGAGCAGGGUGACUUCCUCAAGCUGUUUCAGUUGACCUCAGUGCCCUUCCAAGAAUUCAUUCACUUCUUGGUAUUGUCCUGGACUGCUUUGUGUCCAUGCAGAGGGAGCUUCGCUUCCUCUGGGGUACAAAACAGCCCUUUGUGUACCCAGGAGUGACUUUUCAAGGGCUUCAGGGCCUUGCUGUGAUUCUAUUUUUGGACAACUCCCAUUCCAUUUAGCAACAAAGUGGUUUCCUUGCUAUCAAAAAUACAUUUUCCUUGUGUCAGGACAAGACACACAGGCUGGAACAUAAAUUAGAAAUAAGUUUUACUGAUGAAGCAGUUCUCAAGAUUUCUCUGCCACCUCCUUUCCCCUGCACUUAUGGUGGAAUUUAGUGUCUCUCAGCCUCUCUCCUCUUUUCACUCUAUGGUCUGUCCCUUCAGCAGAUCCACUGUGCAGAUAAACAGGAGGAACUGGAUGGAUUCUGAAGGGGGUGGGUUGUAGCCAGGUGUUUGGGAACAGAAUCAUCCCUACACAUAACUGUUAGGGGGAAAACAGCCUGACCCUCCCACGUCCAGGGGUGCUGUACAGGUGUCCCCAGUGUGUCCCUGUACAGGUGUCCUGAGCUCUUCGGGUCUCUGCAAAACGGAUGGGAGAGCUGAAGGCCCCAAAAGCUUAAAUUCACCGUCAGGGUCUGUGUGGCCACAGGAACAAAACCAAGCUGAAACUUGGAGAGCAGGUGCCCGUCAGAGGGGUGGCUGUAGGUUGAUCCUGUAUGUCCAGGGACAUCCUUCACCCCCUCCCGGCCCCUGGCCGCGGUGAUGCUCCUCGCCCCCCACAUCUCAGCUCCCAGCACACGGCGGCUGCUCCGAGACACCGGCACUAAACCCGCUCUCGCUGUGUCCGCAGAUCAAGAACCUGGCGGGGCUGAACCAGCGCCGGUGAGGCGGGAGCGGCGGCGGGCGGCCCUUUCCCCGGCACCAAUAAACUCCUACUCUGUC